AUGCGCGCGACGUGCCGAGCGCUGCUCGCGUCCGCGCGCCCGCGCGUCGCCGCGCGCGGCGCCCACGACGUCGCCGAGCGUCGAAUCGUCGCCGCGCCCGCGCGCGCGCCGACGACGACGACGUCUUCGACGACGACGACGACGACGACGCGCGCGUUCGGCGGCUCGCCCGCAGAUUCGGCCUCGGCCUCCUCCGAGUCAUCAUCAUGCGCGAGGGUCAAGCCCGGGGAUCACGGCCUCCCGAUCGUGUACCACCCGUCAUACUCCAAGCCCGCGCUGCCGACCGGACACCGUUUCCCGAUGACCGUGUUCAAAGCGCUCUACGAGCGCCUCAUCCGCGAGGGCGUCGCGGUCCCGGGGAAGAAUCUGUUCCAACCCGCGCGCGCGCCGUCGCGAGAGGAGCUCCUCGCCGCGCACUGCGAGACGUACGUCGACGCGUUCUGCGUGGGCGCGCUCGACGACGGCGCGUCCAGGAAGAUCGGGCUGCCGUGGUCCGAGGACUUGGUCGAGCGGACGUUGCACGAGGUGAGCGGGACGAUCCUCACCGCCGACUUGGCGUUGACGUGCGGGAUGGCGAUGAACACCGCAGGGGGGACGCACCACGCGCACAGGGCGCACGGGUCCGGGUUUUGCAUCCUGAACGACCUCGCGGUGACCGCGAAGCGGGUGUUACAGCGCGGUGCCGUGGAGAGGGUGUUGAUCGUGGACUUGGACGUCCACCAGGGCGACGGCACGGCGGCGAUCGUGGAGGACGACGACCGCGUGUUCGUGCUCGACGCGCACUGCGCGGAUAAUUUCCCACAUAAAAAAGCCACCGCGAGUCGGGACAUCGCGCUCGCGAAGGGGACCGGGGACGACGCGUACAUGAAAGCCGUGGAGGAAGGGUUGAGGGAGGUGCUGGAGGAGUUCAAGCCGCAGCUCGUGCUGUACGACGCCGGCGUGGACGUCCACGAGGCGGACGCUCUCGGCGGCUUAUCGCUCACGGACGAGGGCUUGAUACGACGCGAGGCGCUCGUGUUGGACACCGUCGUCGGACGCGGGAUCCCGAUCGCGGGGUUCGUCGGCGGCGGGUACGACGCGGACGUCGCCGCGCUCGCGCGCAGGCACGCGGUGCUGCACCACGUCGCGAGGGAGAUUUACGAGAGCAACAGGCUGUGA